UUGUGAAGUGUACACAUUCUACCUAGUUUAAAGCUACUAUUUGUAAAUAAGUAUAAAUAUUUAGGUAUUUUCAAGAUGUCAAACGUAUCGAAAAGUUUGGGGUUGUUGUUCGACCGGCCAAAUGAACCGAUGGUUACACCGAAAGGCGAUCAAAAUGUCGUCUUUCAACUGACAGAGCAGUUCUUGUCUGAUGACUACAAGAACAAUGGAAUUGAGAUCAAUAAUCGUUUUGGCGAGAAGGCGUCUGAAAUUAUUCCUCUGGAGAAACUGAAGCGAGUCCCCAAGUUUAAGAAGGCAAAGAAACUUCCGCGUGAUGCUGACUUCUCCCUUUUCUUGCCUGCCCACAAGGAAAUGGCUGACGAAGUUCUCGAUGCUUUAAUGACUGUUCCCGAGAAUCAGCUGCAACAGUUUCUGUCAACCUGCAUCUACUGCCGAGUGAAUCUGAACCCACAACUUUUCAACUACUGUUUCAGCGUUGCCCUGAUGCACAGACCCGACACAAAAAGUGUGACCAUUGCCAACUUUGCUGAGACUUUCCCUUCAAAGUUUAUGACCUCCAAAGCUUUUGCCCAAGCUCGGGAAACAGCUGCAAUAGCAUCACAAGGAGCACCACGCACACCAAUCAUCAUACCCAGAGAUUAUACAGCAACAGACCUGGAUGUAGAACAUCGCCUUGCUUACUUCCGAGAGGAUAUUGGAGUGAAUCUUCACCAUUGGCACUGGCAUCUUGUGUACCCAUUCAGUGCCAACCAGAGAUCCAUAGUUGCAAAGGACAGGCGUGGUGAACUAUUCUUCUACAUGCAUCAACAAAUAAUAGCACGUUACAACGGCGAACGUCUCAACAACUCUCUAGCGCGUGUCAAGAAGUUCAGCAACUUUAAUGAACCAAUCUCCGAAGCCUACUUCCCCAAGUUAGAUAGUCUGACAUCAUCACGCGGCUGGCCUCCGCGACAGGCCAACAUGCGCUGGCAGGACUUGAACCGGCCUGUAGACGGCCUUAGCGUUACCGUGGCAGAUAUGCAACGCUGGAGAAGGAACAUCGAAGAGGCCAUUGCUACUGGUAUGGUCAGGAAGGCUGAUGGAUCGACGCAGCCGUUAGAUAUCGACACAUUAGGAAAUAUGAUGGAAGCGAGCAUUCUGUCACCUAACAUGGAUCUCUACGGAAGUCUGCACAAUAACGGACACAGCUUCUCUGCCUACAUGCACGACCCAACCCACCGUUACUUGGAAUCGUUCGGCGUGAUUGGCGACGAGGCCACCACGAUGCGAGACCCCUUCUUCUACCGCUGGCACGCCUUCAUUGACGACACAUUCCAGAAGUUCAAGGAGUCUACCCACGUUCGUCCAUAUUCACGCUCUGAGCUCGAGAACCCAGGUGUGAGGAUAUCGUCGGUUCGUGUCCAAAGCAGCGCGGGAGACAUGAACACGCUCAAUACUUUCUGGAUGUCCAGCGACCUCGACCUCUCUCGCGGUCUUGACUUCUCAGACAGAGGGCCCAUUUACGCCCGGUUCACUCAUCUCAACAACCGGGACUUCCAGUACACGAUUGAAGUAGAGAACAGCGGCAACGCAACUCGCGGUACGGUGCGCAUAUUCCUCGCGCCCAAGUACGAUGAGCGCAACAUCCAGUGGGUGUUCUCAGACCACAGGAAGAUGUUCAUUGAGAUGGACAGAUUUGUUGUUCCACUGAACCGUGGACGGAAUAUGAUCACUCGCAGGUCGACGGAGUCAUCAUUGACUAUUCCGUUCGAGCAGACCUUCCGCGAUCUGUCAGCGCAAGGCUCGGACCCGCGUCGCACAGACUUGUCCGCGUUCAACUACUGUGGUUGUGGCUGGCCCCAGCACAUGCUGGUGCCGCGUGGGAACGCCGCUGGCGCAUCUUACGAGUUGUUCGUCAUGGUCUCCAACUACGACCUGGAUUCUGUCGAUCAGCCAGACGGGACAUCCAUGACCUGCAAGCAAGCUUCAAGCUUCUGUGGCCUCAGGGACCGAUUGUACCCUGACCGUCGCAGCAUGGGUUAUCCCUUCGACCGGCCUUCCACCACUGCUAGCAGCAUCCAGGAUUUCUUGUUGCCCAACAUGUCCCUCAUCGACGUCACUAUUCGUCUGCAGGACAGCGUUGAACCUAACCCGCGAAAUCCAUCUAGCUAAAUAUAAAACGUGUUAGAUAUGAACCAUGAAAUAGAUCAAACUACAAAAUCUAAGCUAGAAGGCCCAUAACAAAAAUAGUAACGUGAACUGUUCUGUUUUUGCAAUCGCGGCACUCAUUAAUUUGCCAGCGCCAAUAGAAAUAAAAAAAAAAGAUAUCAUCUAGUUCCAAGUUGUUAGUUCAAGUAAAUCAUACAAACCGGCAUCCCAUUAACGAUAAUCAUUACUUUCUAAUGAUCUAUGCAGUGGUUCUAUUCGGCGAUUCCAUGGAAGCCCCGGACACUCAUUUUUACUUCAAUGAUAACGAUUUUUUUCCUACUUACAAGAGUUAAUCUAUGUAGGUAGGUUCUAUUUUAAAAGUGCAAUUUAAAGAAGCAUAAUUUUUGAAGAUUCUACUCUACUUGUUUUAUCUUAUUAAUACCUAAAUGAUUUUUUAUUAUACAAAUUAUAAUUAUAAAAUUGAAAGGCUGAUUUUAGUAGUAUUGUGAAUUUGUAAGUAUUGUACAUAUUUAUUGGUAAGUUAGUGUAAUGACCCGAUUUAAAAUAAAGCAUAUUUAAGCAA